GGCGGACGCGCCGGGAGCGAGCGGAGCGCGCAGCCCAGGAGCCCGGGACCCGAGUGCCCCGCCCGGGGAGCCGCCUGCCCUCCGGCCCGCCGCCGCCGCCGCCGCCGCCGCCGGAGGAGAUGCUGCCCCGCAGCCCGGGGCCGACGCGCGGGAGGGGCCGGGGGCGGCCGCCGGGGGCUCCUCGCCGCGGGCUCCCGCCGCCCUGGCGCCCCGCCUGGCUCUGCUGCUGGGUGCUCGCCGGCUGCCAGGCGGCCUGGGCCGGGGACCUGCCCCCCGCCGGCCGCCCGCCGCCGCCCUGCCAGGAGAAAGAUUACCACUUUGAAUAUACGGAAUGUGAUAGCAGUGGCUCCAGGUGGAGAGUUGCCAUUCCGAAUUCUGCAGUGGACUGCUCUGGCCUGCCUGACCCAGUGAGAGGCAAAGAAUGCACUUUCUCCUGUGCUUCUGGAGAGUAUCUAGAGAUGAAGAACCAGGUCUGCAGUAAGUGUGGUGAAGGCACCUACUCCUUGGGCAGUGGCAUCAAAUUUGAUGAAUGGGAUGAGUUGCCAGCAGGAUUUUCCAACGUUGCAACAUUCAUGGACACUGUGGUUGGCCCUUCUGACACCAGGCCUGAUGGCUGUAACAACUCUUCUUGGGUCCCUCGAGGAAAUUACAUAGAGUCAAAUCGUGAUGACUGCACCGUGUCUUUGAUCUACGCUGUGCACCUUAAGAAGUCGGGUAAUGUCUUCUUUGAGUACCAGUACGUCGACAACAACAUCUUCUUUGAGUUCUUUAUUCAGAACGAUCAGUGCCAGGAGAUGGACACCACGGCGGACAAGUGGGUCAAACUCACGGACAGUGGAGAGUGGGGCUCGCAUUCUGUAAUGCUAAAGUCUGGCCCAAACAUACUGUACUGGAGAACUACAGGCAUCCUUAUGGGUUCCAAGGCAGUCAAGCCAGUGUUGGUAAAAAAUAUAACAAUUGAAGGAGUGGCAUACACGUCGGAAUGCUUCCCGUGCAAGCCGGGCACCUUCAGCAAUAAGCCAGGUUCGUUCAGCUGCCAAGUGUGUCCCAGAAACACCUACUCUGAGAAAGGAGCCAAAGAAUGCAUCAAGUGUGCAGAGGACUCCCAGUUUUCAGAAGAAGGAUCGGGCGAGUGUACGGAGCGCCCUCCCUGUACCACCAAAGACUAUUUCCAGAUCCAUAGUCCAUGUGAUGAAGAUGGAAAGACACAGAUAAUGUAUAAGUGGAUAGAGCCCAAAAUCUGCCGGGAAGAUCUCACAGAUGCUAUUAGGUUGCCCCCUUCUGGAGAGAAGAAGGAUUGUCCACCUUGCAACCCUGGAUUUUAUAACAAUGGAUCCUCCUCUUGCCAUCCCUGCCCUCCUGGGACGUUUUCAGAUGGAACAAAGGAAUGUAGACCAUGUCCAGCGGGAACAGAGCCUGCCCUUGGCUUUGAAUACAAAUGGUGGAAUGUCCUUCCUGGCAACAUGAAAACCUCCUGCUUUAAUGUUGGGAAUUCAAAGUGUGAUGGAAUGAAUGGUUGGGAGGUGGCUGGAGAUCAUAUCCAGAGCGGGGCUGGAGGUUCUGAUAAUGAUUACCUGAUCUUAAACUUGCAUAUCCCAGGAUUUAAACCACCAACAUCAGUGACUGGAGCCAUGGGUUCUGAAUUGGGAAGAAUAACAUUUGUCUUUGAGACCCUCUGUUCUGCUGACUGUGUUCUGUACUUCAUGGUGGAUAUUAAUAGAAAAAGUACCAACGUGGUGGAAUCUUGGGGUGGAACCAAAGAAAAACAAGCUUACACCCACAUCAUCUUCAAGAAUGCAACGUUUACAUUUACAUGGGCAUUCCAGAGAACUAAUCAGGGGCAAGAUAAUAGACGGUUCGUCAGUGACGUGGUGAAGAUUUAUUCUAUCACCGCCACUAACGCAGUUGAUGGGGUGGCAGCCUCCUGCCGUGCCUGUGCCCUCGGUUCUGAACGGUCGGGCUCAUCGUGUGUCCCCUGCCCCCCAGGCGACUACAUUGAGAAAGGAACCAACCAGUGCAAGGAGUGUCCCCCUGACACCUACCUGUCCAUACAUCAGGUCUAUGGCACUGAGGCUUGUAUUCCGUGCGGGCCUGGGAGUCGAAGCACGCAGGACCACUCCGCUUGCUAUAGUGACUGCUUUUUCACCCACGAGAAAGAAAACCAGAGCUUGCACUAUGACUUCAGCAACCUCAGCAGCGUGGGCUCUCUAAUGAAUGGCCCCAGCUUUACCUCCAAGGGGACAAAAUACUUCCAUUUCUUCAAUAUUAGUUUAUGUGGGCAUAAGGGGGAGAAGACGGCUCUCUGUACCAACAAUAUAACAGACUUUACAGUAAAGGAUAUGGUGGCAGGCUCAGAUGAUUACACGAAUCUGGUAGGAGCAUUUGUAUGCCAAUCAACUAUAAUUCCUUCUGAAAGUAAGGGUUUCCGAGCAGCUUUAUCAUCACAAUCCAUCAUUCUGGCAGACACAUUUUUAGGAGUGACAAUUGAAACCACAUUGCAAAAUAUUAAUAUAAAAGAAGAUAUGUUCCCAGUUCCACCGAGCCAAAUACCAGAUGUGCAUUUCUUUUACAAGUCUUCUGCAACCACAACAUCUUGUGUUAAUGGCCGGUCAACUGCGGUGAAAAUGAGAUGUAAUCCUACAAAACCGGGAGCUGGAGUGAUUUCAGUCCCCAGCAAGUGUCCAGCAGGCACCUGUGAUGGGUGUACAUUUUACUUCCUGUGGGAGAGUGCCGAAGCCUGCCCUCUGUGCACAGAGCAUGACUUCCAUGAGAUUGAGGGCGCCUGCAAGAGAGGAUUGCAGGAAACCUUAUAUGUAUGGAAUGAACCAAAAUGGUGCAUUAAAGGAAUUUCUUUGCCUGAGAAAAAAUUGUCAACCUGUGAAACAGUUGACUUUUGGCUAAAAGUGGGAGCAGGUGUGGGAGCUUUCACAGCUGUUUUGCUGGUGGCUCUAACUUGCUAUUUUUGGAAAAAGAAUCAGAAACUGGAGUACAAAUAUUCCAAGUUAGUAAUGUCAACGAAUUCAAAAGAGUGUGAACUCCCAGCUGCAGACAGCUGUGCUAUCAUGGAAGGAGAAGAUAAUGAAGAGGAAGUUGUAUAUUCCAAUAAACAGUCACUACUGGGAAAACUCAAAUCCUUGGCAACAAAGGAAAAAGAAGAACAUUUUGAAUCUGUUCAACUGAAAUCCUCAAGAUCUCCAAAUAUAUGAAAAGACUGUGCUGUAGCUUUCAGACUGAUGAAUAAAGAAACCUGCUCUCUAGUUUUACAGGACCAUAGUCUAGAGCCCACCCUCGUACCUGGCACUUUGGUGAUGUUACAAAGAAGGCCAUGCUGCUGAAAAGGGAAGGAGGUUGAAAUGUUUGAUUGCCUUACCACAUGGUCAAGUAUCUUGCCAAAAAUAGGAAAGCAAAUGGUUUGGGUCUCAACUGAAGAGGAAGCUCAACUCAGGAAGAGACUUAUCUGUAUAUACACACAACUGAGAGAUUCGUUAUAUACACCUAACUGAAAACCAAGGUUAAGCCCACCAGUGCACUGUUGAUGCAUGCCAUAUAAUUAAUGGGUAACUUUUAUUAUUUAUAACUUCUACAUAAAAAGUGUGCUAUGGAAGGCAAAAGGUAGCAUAUGCAUUGUGAUCCCAUUUUUGUCAUUUCUUUGUUUACAUUUUAGGGAGAUUUGAAAACUUUUUAAAGGUAUAGUCAUUUCCCCCCCAAUAUUUAUUUUCCUGACAAGACCUUGAAACAUCUUUUUUUUUUUUUUUUUUUUUUUUUUUUUUUUUUUUUAAAUUAAAAAUGAUGAACAAAAAAAGACAAUAAACUUUUUGUUUUUUUUUCAUAGGGCAUCUUUCUUGACUUCAGAAGCCUAAGUAAGCAGUAAUUUUUUAGGAAGAAUCAGCAUGUGCUUGGGUUAUCAAAACUUAUAAUUGCCUUUGAAAUUCCAUUCUUGUUGGAACUGGUAAGAUGAGCUUGACUAGAGGUGUUGAAGGAAUAUUUAAGG